ACUCUACCUUUAACCUUUGCGCAACUGGGCUCCAUUUUAAUAUAAAAUACAACAACAAAACAGGAGCUUUAAGAGAGAGAUACAACGCUGAUUGAGUUUAACUAAAUGACCCAAGGACCAAGGAAGUAAAACAAGCGAUCAGGGAAGCAUGAGAACCACAGGCUGUAUCCUGAGUUCUGUAUUGUGUUGCUGGGGGACCGUCCUUGCCGUGACACUGACUCCAAACCCAUGCUUUGUCACCAAUGAGCAGACGAUCAGCUGCAGUGAGAAGAAUCUCAAGCUAAUCCCGUCGACAGUUAUCAAGAGCACCGUGUCCACCAUGGAUCUAUCGCAGAACCAGCUGGACUUCUCCAGCCCUGAAAACCAAAGGAGACUACAGAGCCUUGUGUCUUUGAUUUCCCUUAACCUUUCCAGCAACUACCUCCCCCUGCUGGAAAGAUCGACCUUCAGCAACCUCAAAAAACUGCAGAGCCUGGAUCUCAGCAACUGCAGCCUGGAGGUGAUAAAGCCUGGGGCUUUCCAGGGCCUGUCUAACCUACAGACACUCAUUCUCAGCAGGAACCAGCUCAGGGGCUCCCUCCCUCAGGCUCUCCUGGAUCUGAAGCAACUAACAUUGCUGGAUCUGCAGAACAACAGCUUGGUCUCUGUCGAACCGCCAUUCCUGGACUGGCUUGGGAAGGUGAAGGACGUGAAACUUCAUGGCAAUGAAUGGAAGUGUCAUUGCCCAAGCAGCGCCAUCCAGCAGUGGGUCAAGCAAUCUGGAGUGUCUGGGUUGAAGUGCUCCUCCCCGGAUGACUCCAGAGGCUUGAACAUCGAGGCCUAUCCGUGCAAGGAAAGUGUUUUUAUGUCUCUCAGUGCUGAGUACCGAGAUACUGUCCAGUCCACAGGACCAGACAGUACCAGUAAGCCAACAAUGUGUACCAGCAGUGCGCCACCCGGGGGCGCCAGCAGCACGCCCAGCUGGAAGUACCUGGUGGCGGUGCUGGUGACGGCUAUCUGCCUCUCCGUCCUGAUCGCGCUGGCCGUGAAGUGCAAGCUCUUCAGCCGCUACCUGGCCAGCUACCGGCACACGCGGCUGUCUGACACCGACGCCUCCAGCCGGUACAGCCAGUACGACGCAGAGAGCAUGUCCGAGCGGGGAGGGGCCCACCAGCCUGAGCUCGCCCCUGGAGACCUGGAGGAUGACGACGGCUUCAUUGAGGAUAAUUACAUCCAGGCCAGCGAGAGGCAGCGAGCCGAGCAGGAGGAGGAGGAGGAGGAAGAUGACUUCCAGCUUUCCAUUGCAUAAAGAGGGGGGAGGGGUGGUUACUGGGCAGCUUCCAAACAUGAUUUGUUUUAAGGGUGACUUAAAACUGUCCAGAUGGACUGGAGACUCUAACCACCUCCACUCGAGAUUACUGAACAAUCUUAUGAAGAAAUGAAUACAAUUUGCUUUUUGUUUUUUAAACCAACAACAAUAUUUUAAAACAAAGAAAAUGCAUACAGACAUAAACUGGUGUUCUGCAACAAUAUACAAUGUGUCUCAAAUUGCUGUGUAUUUACAUAGUAGUUACUGAGUAAAUACAUGUGUACUUACACAUCAUUACAAUGUUAUUAUGCA